AUUGAACUAGCUUUGUCGAACAAGAACAUAAUGGAUAUACUAAAAACCGAAAAAUCCAAUCCAAGGGGUAUCCCUGAAGCACCUUUUAUUGACAAGGUGGAAAAUUUCGUGAAGGAUGUGGAAACCGAUUUCGAUAAGGUCAUGCAAGCGUUCCAAGACCGGUUACAACAAUACAAGUACAUGGAGAUGUCAAAGAGAAACCAAUUGAAUGAUUUGAACGUAAAGAUCCCCGAUAUAGAAAAGAAUUUGGACAUUAUAAAUUUCAUAAAGCAAAAGAAGAGUGCAGAACUUGACGAUGAGAUUUCCGACGAAGAUGAAAACAGCCAGAACAUUCAAGCAAACUAUGAGUUGAACGACACGUUGUAUACCCAGGCUGUCAUCGAAACGGAAAAGUUGGAUUCGGUUUACUUAUGGCUUGGGGCAGAGGUGAUGUUGGAGUACCCAUUGGACGAGGCGGUGGAAUUAUUGAACGAGAGAUUGAAGAACAACAACGAGCAAGUUGCAAUCAUCAAGGAAGAUUUGGUGUUUUUGAAAGAGAAUAUCACCACCAUGGAAGUGAAUACGGCCAGAUUAUAUAACUGGGAUGUUGAGAGAAGAAGAAACUCCCGGGUUGAAGAUGGCACCAAGAAUCUCAAGAUCUGAGAUUCCACUGUAUAUAUAUAGCUUUGGCAUAUUCCAAUAAAAUCAUUUGCAAUUAU